GUCAGUAGGCUACCGGUACACGAAACUGAGCACUCUGCUACUUUUUUGUUUUUGAUAUUGAAUUGAGCAAUUACAUUCUCAUUUCUUUUUUUGAAAAAUAUUUGCUCUAAGGAUUAAUCAACGUUAAUCUUUCUGUGUCACGAUUUACCGAUACGAGAUCCCAUUGUGUUUAGAAAGGAUGGGGGGCGGGGCGUGUUUGAUGUGUUGACGUUGACGCGUGGAACAGAAAGAGUUGAUCUUGAUUUAAAAAAAAAAAAGACAGCAACGUUCAAGCACUCCCAUUUUAACCCGGAUUUUCCCAUUAUAAUUUAACAGUGUUCUAAUUGAUCUAACUCAGUGCUUGAGAUAACGUUCUGAUCGAUAAGGAGCAUAUUGGGACGUAGAAAUUGCAACACACCCAUGAUUUCUCAAUGUGCGUUUGUCGGGUGUGCAAUUGUUCUCUGCUAGCAUAUUCCCGAUUUCCCCAGCGGAACGUAUUUCGCAAUGCGUACAGAGUGCGGUCCCCUUGAUUAGCGGAGUGAUAGGGGGCAGUUAACUCAAACUGACGGAAUCAUAAUAAACGCACUCAGCAGUCGGUCAAGCUGACUGGACUUCAUACACAGAGGCCCGGUUAGGAGGCGAGUGUGCGACUUGUCGAAGACAAAGUUAUACUAUUUGGAGUGUCGGAUUAUAAAUUCUGUAGGCUUUUCCAGCCGUGGAAAUGUCGUCUAUUCAUCUGCCCAAAGUUGUCAGCCAAAGAGGGAAGACUUCUCUGGAGAUAGAGCGAGAGAACUUCGAGAAAAGACAGACGGUGGCCCUGAACAAGGCGAUCAACACACAAGAGACCCCUGUCAAAGAGAAACAUGCCCGGAACGCGGUGCUGGGCACGUUUGAGGACAAUGGCGGCAACAUGUUCUGGACGAUCGCGGCCAAGAUGCCGGUGCAGGCCAACCCCAUCGUGUGCUGGAAGUUCCUGCAGCUGGUCCACAAGCUCAUGAGGGACGGACAUCCUAAUGUUGUUCAAGAUUCUGUCAAGUAUGCUAAUCAGAUCAGGGAUGUGGGAAAGCUAUGGGGUCACCUGAAGGAGGGAUAUGGCAGACUGAUAGCUGGUUAUUGCAAACUGCUCAUACAGAAGUUCAAGUUUCAUCGGAAGUGUUUGGCUCUCUGGACAUGUCGCGGGCUAACUCGAUGACCACGUCCGGCCAGUGCCGCCUGGCUCCCAUGAUCCUCUGCAUCCUGGACUCGUGCCAGCUCUAUGACUACCUGGUCAAGUCCUUGUUUCACCUGCAUUCUAGUCUCCCCCCAGACACGCUGAACGGUCACCGCGACAGAUUCCUGCUCUGCUACAAGAAGACCCACCUAACUUCCUGAUCGCGUCUGACUUCAACAAGCACGUGAAACCAGCGGCCGUGGUGAAGGAUGAGGAGCCAGAGCCAGAAGCAGACAAUGACUCUGUGGACAACCUGAUAGACAUGGCUGUACCCGAGGAACCCAUAGCCCAAAGUGAAGCAUAUGGGAUGAACAGCCGGCCUCCAGAACCAGAUGAGAGAGAUUUCCUGAUUGAGCGACUGCAGCGUGAGAUUCACCUUCUGAAAGAGGAGCUGGGCCGCGUACGUGCGGAGGAUCACAAGGUCAUCAUCGGUCUCAAGGACGAGAUCGCCAAGUUGGAGAAGAUCCUGUCGGAGUUGAGGCUCUCGGCAAACAAGUCUCUGAAGGAGAACGAGAGUCUAAAGAAAGACAUCGACCAGCUCAAGUUUGACGCUGCUGCGGCUUCCAAACUACCAGAGGCUGAGAAACACGCCAAAGCCAACCAAGAGAAGUUUCAGAAAAUGAAGGACAUUUACGGCAAACUCCGAGAGGAACAUGUGACUCUCUUACGGAACCAUGACACAUUAAACAAACAGCUGGCUGUAGAGAAGAAAGAUCUCGAGGAGAAAGAACAAGUGAUUAAGGAGAACCAGCUAGAGCUGAGCCGCAUGCAGGAGGAGAAGCAGCUGGUGGCAGACAACAUGCAGAAGUCGGCAGACGACAUCUCUUCGCAGCUGGCAGAGGUCACCAGCUUCAACUCUAAGCUGGAGAAACAGAAAGAGGGUCUGGAAGAACGAGUCAAGUCUAUGGAGGAUACCAACUCUCGCUUGGAGUCGGACCUCGAGUCGAAAUCAGGGGAAGUAACUUCUCUGUCGACGCAGCUGCGAGAGACGACGGACCGGGCCCAGGAGAAGGAACAAGAACUCUCGGAGGCGGUUGACUCAUUGAAACUGCAGCUGGAGCAGACACAGGGGGAGAGAGACAGCACAGAGGCUAGGCUCACGGAGAGGUUAAGCGAGGCUAACGACAAACUGGCAGAGACCGAGGCAGACCGGGAUCGACUGCAGGGGGAACUGACCACUCAGGUGACAACCUUGACCCAGCGCUGUGACCAGCUGGAGACUGACCGACAGGACAUGGAGACCAGGCUCAAGGCAGAGAUGGACGAGCUCAGGAAACAGCUGAUUAGUCGCAGCAUCCGAGAAGCGACGGCCAUGUUGGAGGAAGCCAUUGAGCAGGGAGAUAACCCAGCAUAUGCCUCCAGUACUUGUACCGCAGAGUACCUGAUCUCCAAAGCAACCCCCGUCCUUGACUGUCUCACUCGACUGCACGAUUCCUCGGCUGCCUAUCAGGAGGACAGGACAGUUCUGCAAGAAGUCGUCAGUGCCAUCACAGGAUUUGCUCAUCAGCUCUCGGACUGUGUGGUGCAGGGCUACGCUACCUCCCAUGCCGCUCAGAUAGAGCCAGGAGAAGAGCUGUCCAACACAUGCAGGACUUGUGGCAAGCUUGGGCUGGGACUUCUACGUGCUGUCGACGCAGGAAAUGCUGCACAAGUCUCGAGAGGACAGUACAGGGGUCAACUUAGAGGUCAGCGAAAGUAUUCUAGGGUCGUGUACAGAGCUGAUGAAGUCUAUCAAGGUGCUUGUGGAGAAGUCUCGAGAUCUUCAAAAAGAAAUUGUGUCAUCAGGCAGGGGCACGACAUCUGCCACAGAUUUCUACAAGAGGAACCACAGGUGGACGGAGGGCUUGUUGUCUGCAGCCAAGGCCGUGGGCUGGGGCGCCACUACGCUACUAGAGACAGCAGACCGUGUUGUGAGCGGGAAGGGCAAGUUUGAGGAGAUCAUGGCCUGUGCCAAUGAGAUCGCGGCCAGCACGGCCCAGCUGGUCGUCUCCUCCAAGGUCAAGGCCGAGCGAGGUAGCCAGAGACUGUCCGAGUUGUCGGCAGCGUCCAAGACAGUCAACCGGGCGACGGGAAAUGUGGUGGCAUCUGCCAAGUCGGCCGCCGAGAUUGUGGAGGAUCAGAACUUGAUGGACUUCUCACAGCUCACUCUGCACCAGACCAAGAAACUGGAGAUGCAGGCACAGAUCCGUGUGAUGGAGUUGGACACAUUACUGGAGAGAGAGAGAAAGAAAUUGGGAGAGUUGAGGAAACAGCAUUAUACGUUGGCAGGGGAGGCUGAGGGAUGGGAGGUGAAUGAGGACGGGGAACUUAUCGACGACAGCGCCACCACGGAGGCAGACACUUCCGAUGAAAAAAGGUGAUGAGUCGGUGGAACCUGUCCCGCGCCUUGCCCCUCCGCGUCCACUUCUCCAAGGUCGGGCCAAGGCCGAAGUUCAAGCUGUUCAAGUGAGGGAGACAAGCGAGAUGAGAUGAGAUGACUACGGCGAAAGGGGAGGUCGUGUCAUGACAAGUGGACGAGAUUGCCUCUGCUGUUUCAAGAUGAUGAUGAUGAUGGCG